GGUCAUAUGUCAAUACAUAGAAAAUUGGAAUUUCAAUGGUAAUUUUUGGGAGUCGCACGGAAGGAAAAGAAGAAAAGUCUAAUUGUCGGCCGGAUCUCGAAUCGGUUGGUGGUGAUUUUGGUGUGAAAAGUUCCUAUAUUUUUUUCUAACUCCCUCACCGAUUCCCACGUACAGUCGCGAAACUCGGUUUAGCGUGGAAACGUAUUUCGCUGCACCGACGUGAAACGAAAGAUUUGCCAAUUGGACGUUUUCAAGUUGAUUGUUAGAAGCUGAGAACGGGGUGCAAGAGGCCGAGGAACCCAAGCGCGAAUUGAAGGAUAGAAUUUUCGCAGGCUCGAUUACGUUGGUCCCUUUUUAUGCGGUUUAAGUCUAGAUCGGAGGGAGUGCAUACCGCCGCGAUCGCGCAAUUUUACAGUUUUUAACAGGAUUGCGAACAGUUCCCGUAGAACGGAACGCGAGGAUCGAAAGGAUCGAAAAAUGGAUAAUCCAGGGCGUGCAAUUUGGGACAGGGACAUGGAGUACUCGGACAUGCGAAAACCACACGGAAGAGGAGGCGGCGGCGGCGGUGGAGCACAGACAUCUAACCACACUUUAUCGCCGGACGCUAAAGAAUUUAUACCAAGAUCUAAGCCUCAAACGGAUGCCCAAAUGCCACAACAGUUACCACACCAGAAUCAUGGCGGACAAUACGCCGACUAUCGUAAUUCGCCACAGGCCCCAUCGCAUCGAGGAUCAGGUCUACAUGACCGUUUGUUAAUGCAACAAUUUCCUAAUAACGGUGCGCACCACCAGCAUCAACAAUAUGAGUAUUCAAGAUCUAACGCAUCAUCGAACUCACAUCACCAUCACUCCAAUCAUCAUUCAGUUCAAAAUCGCCUGAAAAAUACGAACAAUCAAAACUAUCAGAAUUCCACGAAUAACGCGAAUUCGGAAUCUAGUCAAGCGAAUCAAAUGACAGAUGAGGAGAGCGUCGCUCUGACUUACAUCACGGAAGCUGUAAAAUUCCUGAACGAAGAUCCCGGCCUUUUUGACUCCUUAGAAUCUCACUUGUGUAAAGCUUUUGCAAAGUUCGGCGAUAGUGAAUUUAUUCUCAGCAAUGCUAUGGAAAUUAUAUUUGUUCAGUCAAUUGAAGAACAGAAUUUCCGAUACAUGGGAGCGAAAUUAUACCGCUUAUUAGAUUUGAUUAAUCCCCAACCAAGCAGCGUAUUCAGGAGAUUAUUGAAUUGCAAGCUAACAUAUCACCAAGAGGAAGUGCUUAAUUAUAUGACUCACGAACAAGCAAAAGUUAGGGCAACCACCCUAUUUCUUGCGGAACUCUAUAUGCAGUUAAAAAGUGAAACAUUUAGGAUAAAGGAAAUCGCACACAAUAUUAUAUACACCAUUAACCAAUUAUUGCGUACUUCAUCUCCGGAAAAUAUCAAAUGCAUUUGCUUAACCUUGAAGCUCUGUGGUUACGAACUGGAAAUGGAUUUCCCAGACGAUGUACGCGAAAUAAUGGCCAAGCUAAACCAAAAGGUUAACAACGUUGACGUUGGAACGAGUCGUAUUCUCGAAACCGUUCUGCUUUUACAAAAGAAUAAUUGGGGUCACACUGAAGCAGCCAAUCAGUCAUCUCCUGUUAACGAAAGUCCAGCCAGCUAUAGCGGUUUACCGGUCUUUUAUGGACCCGAUGGGGAAGUAAUGACCGAAGAAGAGAAUUCAUUUCUGCAGUCACAUAUUCCUCACGAUGUUGAUACUGAAAACGAUUGCGAUGAUUGUGAUAUUUUGGACCCCGACUUGGAAAUGGAUCCUGAAAUCGAAAGUGCUUACGAAGACUUCUUAAAGCAGAAACCAAAACACAUAAACAAGUCUUGUUAACUUCUGGCAAUAAGUAGAUACAUUGUCAGCAGGUAUGAACACCUACGAUUUUUUUUAAUAAAAAAAAAACUAUAUUUUGUUAGUUGUAAUAAAUUCUUUACAAGUAAAGAUUUUAAUUAUUCCGUAUUUUCGUAUGUAGUAGAGAAGCUGAAGGAGUCAAAAGCAAAAUGAAAUCUUAAUAAUGUAAUAAUUAAUGCUCAAAACUCGUUGCGCGCAUUCGCAUGCAUACAUUGUUUUUUUGUGUAAUAAGAACGCGCUGUUUUCUGGAAAACGAGAAAAAUACUUAAUUCCUUGUUUUGCAAGGUCAUCAAAGUCGUUUUCAGUCGUUCAUCAUUGGAACAAGUGCUUCUGCUACAGUCUGUAACUAUCGAUCUUAUUCAAUAGGAAAUAUUAGCGAUUAAAUUACUUAGAUUUUAGAAUUUGUUCUAAUUUUUCCAAAAUUGUAAUGUAUUAGUUUAAAUUUUUCGAAUUCCCAUUAAAAAAAAAAUGCAUUUGUUCACGAUUAGUUGGUCCUUCAUGUUAUGGUAAUUAGUCCGAACCGACUAUUCUCUGUAACGAGUACUUUCUGAUUAAAGUAUAGAAGAGAUAUCGUGUAUCUAGACAAGUAGUGCGGCACAAUGUAAAGCAUUUCAUGUUUGUGAUGAUUUGAUUAUAUAGAAAACCGGUGGUAAAAGGCUGUAAAUCCGUAUUUAUAUAGUAUCAUUAUCCUUUUUUAACUUUUUAAAGUAGUUUGCCAAUAGUUAUGAGCGUGUACUGUACUCUAUUUUGUUUAGAGAAAGUCAAAUAAAGUCGUUUAAAAUGCUAUUCAUUACAUAAAUCCACCGUAAAAGUGAUUUUACAUAUUUGUUGUUUAGGAUAAAUAAAAUAUCAAUAAAUGGGAGUUUUAUUCCUUUA